CACUCGUGCUCCAUUUUGAAGGUGUAUAUUAUGUAUGUAUGUCUAUAUGUUUAACAAUGUAUUUCUCUUAAAUUAGACAUUGGAUUGAAAUGACACUUUUUGUUUAAUUAACUAUUUUCAAAUAUAAAAGAAAACUUACUAAAUGAUUUUAGAUAUGGUCUGUUACCAAAAUACUAGUGUAAAAACGUCUUGCUCCAAGAAUAGUGGAUUAGGUUAAGUAAGAACUGCUACCAUCACAGAAAAAAAGUAUGAUUAAAUACAGACGAAGGUGUCCAUUUAUUAUUAUUAGUUAGAAGUAAUAAUACGGAUCGGUGAUCAAGACAAGUUUCAGUCCGAUCUCAAUAGAUUCUCUAAGUAUAGUCACGAAAAUAAGCUAAAACUAAAUACUAAUCAAUGUAAAGUCAUUACUUUCACAAAAAAGAAAAAAAUAUAUAACAGCAAGUACCAUUUUAAUGGUACAAUACUCCAAAAAGUUUGAUAAUAAGUUGAACAACAUAUUAAUGAUAUUGUUAGCAGAUCCCUCAAGAUAUACAAUUUUGUGAUGCACAUUAGUACCUCAUUUAAGCAAACCUCUACUUACCUUGCACUGUACAGGUCCCAAUUUAGAUCACAGCUAGAAUAUGCGGUACCCAUCUGGAAUCCUUUUUAUAACAAAUACAUAGAAACACUUGAAAAUGUCCAAAAGAAGUUGUUACAGGUUAUGCAUUACAGAUGUUAUAUAUGUUAUGCAUUACAGAUACAUUGUUAUUUGUCCUACGACCAGCUAUCUAAAAAAUAUAAUAUAAUCGAUCUAAGUCAAAGACGUACUUUACUUCAAAUGAAAAUGCUUUACGAUCUAUGUCAUAACAAAUAAGACUGUAUCUUUAUAAUAAAUAAACUAAGUUACAGAAUACCAACCAGAACUCACUGUAGAAAUCAAUGUAAAUUAUUUGCAACUGCCUGAUGCCGAACAAAUGCCGGUAAGCGCUCACCACUUUACCGUAUGGUUAAUAAAUUUAACAUAUCAUUUAAUUCUAUAGAUAUUUUGGCGGUGAGUCCUCGUGUAUUUAAGAAAAUGUUGCUUGAAAUACUCCCUUAAACACAUAAGUAGUCUAUAUUAGUAAUAUUUUGUAAUAGUUUGGAAUUUAAAAUCUGUAUUCUUACAAGAGUUCUAAAAAUAAAUCCAAAAACCGAGUAAUUAAAAUAUUGUUAAUGUAGUAAACGGUGUUGGUGGCGAAUUUAAAAUUGAUUAUAUAUUUUUAUUUUUAACUAUAUUACAAAUUGUCACUGUUUGUUUACUCUAAUAAAUGGAAAAAAAAACAUCUGUUAUUAAUAAAAUAAGAAAAAAUAAAAAACAUUCAAAAAAAUUAAACCGAAUUCAAAUAGAUUGUAAUAAAUUGAAGAGAUAAAUAAUACCACAAAUUUUUAUCUUCAAUAAAAUCGAAACAAAAAAAUAUUGUUGCUAGAUUAUUUUAAGAAAACCAUCAUAUGUGGUAAGAGAUUUUUUUUUUCUGAUAGGUAUGUAGGAAAGAAGUAUCUUAUUAAUAAUGGACACGGCUGCCACCGACCUCAAAAAAAAAUUGUUGGUCUUUCCACUUUAUGUGUUUCGAUUUUAUUGAAAAUAAAAUGUAUGGUAUCAUUCCUCUCUUUUCAGUCGUUUCUCUUUAUUACGAUUUUUUGAAGUCGCUUUAAUACUUUUUUAAUUGUUUUUAUCGACACUAGUAUUAUGAAGAGGAAAUAUUUUAUUAUUUGUUUGCAUUAAAUAGGUUCCAAAACUACUCGACCGAUUUUAAAAGUCGCAGAAAAAGUGCUAGUUGGAUAUAAACAAGUUUUUAAUGUCACUUUGUAGUGUUUUAAUUUAAUGUUAUACUGUUACGCCAAAAAAUACUGCAACUGUAGCCUACAAUGUAUCAGAAACUUAAACCUCACCAAAA